AGGCGCUUACACUACAGAAGGAAAGCCGGCCGGACUCUGCCAGCUUCAAUUCACCUCCGCCAUGUCCUGAGCACCUGUAACUUCUCUCCAGCAACACCAUGGCCCUCCGCAAUCCUCUACUACAGCUGUCCAGGCGUGCGCCGGCCCAAAUCUCAGCGCAAUUCUCCCCAGUCGCCUCGGCAUUCGCGCCACAGCGAAGAUGGAACGCAGAUGUAGCUCCGCCAGUGGCACAAAAUGCUACAGGAUCCAAGGGGCCCACGGCCAUAGUUUUCAUGAACAUGGGCGGUCCGUCCACGGUAGACGAGGUUAAGAGCUUUUUGAGCAACCUAUUUGCCGACGCAGACCUCAUUCCGCUAGGACGCCUCCAGAAUUACAUCGGUCCCUACAUUGCGAACCGUCGGACGCCCAAGAUACAGAAGCAGUAUGCGGAGAUCGGAGGGGGUUCGCCAAUUCGCAAGUGGUCUGAACACCAGGCCGCCGAGAUGUGCAAGAUUCUCGACAAGACCUCGCCAGAAACGGCACCGCACAAGCCUUACGUCGCAUUCCGUUAUGCUGCUCCACUGACGGAGGAGAUGUAUCAGCAGCUUAUUGCUGACGGCUUCGGUGCUGGGAAAGGUGGUAGGGCGGUAGCCUUCACGCAGUACCCGCAGUACUCCUGCUCUACAACUGGCUCGUCGCUCAACGAGCUAUGGAAAUGGCGAACUCGACUAGAGGGGAAACGCACCACUGGCGAGGUUGAGCCUGAAGGCACGAUCAAAUGGAGUGUAAUUGAUCGCUGGCCAGUACAUUCUGGCCUGGUGGAAGCCUUCGCUACCAACAUUGAGAAGACACUAGCGACCUAUCCACCAGAAAAACGCGACAAUGUUAUCCUACUAUUCUCCGCCCACAGCCUCCCAAUGACAGUCGUCAACCGUGGCGACCCAUAUCCCGCCGAAGUCGCCGCCACCGUGUAUGCGGUAAUGCAACGCCUUGGAAUGAAACACCAGUACCGGUUGGUGUGGCAGUCGCAAGUCGGGCCUCAGCCUUGGCUUGGCGCGCAAACCAGCAACACCGUCGAGAAUCUAAUCAAGAAAGGUCAGACGGACAUGAUCCUAAUUCCGAUCGCCUUCACGAGCGACCACAUUGAAACCCUCUACGAGCUGGACAAAGAGAUCAUCGGGGAGUCAGGCCAGGAGGGCAUCAAGCGCGCAGAGAGCUUGAAUGGGAAUCCAAUCUUCAUCCAGGCGUUGGCAGAUAUCGCGAAGGAUCAUCUCGAGGCCGGACAGGCGUGCAGUCUGCAGAUGGGGCUGAGAUGCCCAGGCUGUGUGAGCGAGAGGUGUUUGGAGUCGAAAAAGUUUUUCGCAGGACAGCAGAAGCAUUUGUAGCGUACUGACGAACUGUAUCCAUAUGUAAUGCGAUUUCUAUAUCAAAAGUAAGUGUGACUAGUUCCUGAGUCACGUGUGUCAGGUCACAUUACACAGAGCCCCUGUCAUGUAAGGUACCGUGUACUUGGUACUACCAGACGCAUUUUAUCCUUAUUCAAAGAUUCCUCUCAGCAUAUCUAGACUUCUUAGUCUUACACAAAGAAUCAUGGAGGAUGCAUUGAUAAACGAUGCCGCUGGAGAUAUAGCCCUUCGCUCUUUCCACUCCCG